CGGCACGUGACCCGCGCGCGGGCGUUGUUGCUGGGCCGGGGCGAUGGCGGAGGAGGAGGCCGGGCCUGACGCGCUGAGCGUGCGCGAGGUGCAGGAGCUGGUCCGCAGGAAGGAUGAGCUCGAGGCCCAGAUCAAAGCCUGUUUCGCGGUGCUGGAGGGGCAAAAGGGGGUCGGGAUGAACGAGCCGCUGGUCGAUGCUGAAGGGUAUCCACGUGCCGAUGUUGAUGUGUACCAAGUCCGUGCAGCCAGGCAUAACAUCAUCUGUUUGCAGAAUGAUCACAAGGCCCUAAUGCUGCAAGUGGAAAAAGCUCUCCACCAGCUGCAUGCCCGAGAGAAGGAGAAGCAGGCAAAGGAUGAGGCAGAAGCUCAGGCCGAGGCAAUGAAUCAGAACCAGAGUCUGCCGCAGCCCUUCGCAAGAGUGAAUGCUGUCACGCCAGGUUCUCCCGCCAGCAUCUCGGGAUUACAGGUUGAUGAUGAGAUCAUUGAGUUUGGCUCUGUCGACACACACAACUUCCAGACACUGCAGAAUAUUGCCACCGUGGUGCAGCACAGCGAAGGGAAACCACUGAGUGUGACCGUGAUUCGUGGCGGCAAGAAAUUACACCUCGGGCUCACGCCAAAGCACUGGGCUGGGAAAGGACUGCUGGGAUGCAAUAUUCUCCCCUUGCAAAGAUAACUGGCUUGGAAGACAAUAAGAUCAAAGUUUGUACUUUUUGAACUCCAACCUGGUUUGAAAAGUUCCUUUUGCAACCUACAUCUACUUGCUGACACUGGAGUGUUUAUAAUGGGUUCUGAGGCUCUGACCUCCAGCCUGCUGGAUAUACUGCACCUGAAUUGCUUUCAACAGACCUGUGCGUGGUCAUGAUUAGUAAUUGUACUGAUUCAUAGGGAAUAGAUUGUAGAGUCAUAGGACCUGAUUUUGACUUCACUUGCACUGAUGUAAAUCAGGUGUGAGAUCAAAGUAAGGUCCAUGCUUUUUGUUUAGUUAGAAUCCAUGCCAAAUUAUUCUGUAACAUUUAGUGAAUGUUUUUUUUUCUGUUUUUUCAUGGGAAGUAACAUUUACCAAUAAAGAAUUAAGCUGGGUUUUUGUGUUUUUGGUGAGAAUUUACAUUCAUUUUUAAUCUAAAGUCUUCCUGAACAGGUCAGCACAUUGUACAAAUGUUCUAAGUAUUACUCCAAUUUCUGGAUUGCAUUUUAUAUUGUCAGUGAAAUACAAGUGCACACUGAAGAAAUGUACAAAUAUGAUUUUGAACAUGGUGUUACAAAAACGUUUGUGGUCACUACAUCUGAAAGGUUUUUUUUUUUAAUUGUUUGAUUUAUGCUGUCUUAAAUUGGUGAGAUUGAAGGGGUGCUAUGAUACUUUCUCAUAGCUUGGACUAUAAUAUAGUUCUAAGUUGGUUUAUAUUGAGUUUCUUGUUAAUUUUAUUUUCUGUGCUGUAGAUUUUGGGUUGCAUACACUGCAAGGGAACUUUUAUUGGCUUGGUUUGUUUUUAAACCAGUUUCUAUUGGAAUUCUUUAAAAAAAAAAAA